AUGCCGGUUAGAAAGACCGCUGUGAAAGAAUGCCCGUGCGACGUGAAAGCCACCAAGCCGACUGCAAGAAAAGCUGAUCCUGCUAAGAAAACCAAACCAGCUGCAAAAAAACCUGAUGCAGCCAAGGCGACCAAGCCGGCUCCAAAAAAAUCUGCUCCUGUGAAGAAAACCAAACCUGCUGGGAAAGCCGCUUCUUCCGCUUGCUGCAGGCCUUGCUCUUCACCGCCGUUGGUUACAAAAAGACAGACCAGAUCUACAACAAAAACCCGGAAGGUAAUGUUUCAUUUAGAAGAAUCGUCGGAUAGUGACUGCUGCUGCUGCAGCUGCGACUGCUAG